AUGGCAGAUUUUGGUGAAGAAGAACAAGUGUGGAACAAAGAGAAGGAUCAUCAUCAAGAUUCAGCUGGUUCAAGAACCAUGAUGAUGAGAAUUCCAAGGGCUAAUACCACAUUAACACCCUCUUUCUCUUCUUCUUCUUCUUAUGAUGAUGCCAAAGUGGUUAAACUUGAAGGGUCUUCUUCUAAUUCAUCUUCAUCAACAGAACCUAUGAACAUCCCUGACUGGUCAAAAAUUUAUGGUAAGAGUAAGAGCAAGAAAAAAGGGUAUGAUUAUUAUGAUGAUGAAAAUGGUGAUGAUGAUGGUGAUGGUGAUGAUGAUAUGGUUCCACCACAUGAAUGGAUAGCAAGGAGACUAGCAAGGACUCAGAUCUCAUCAUUUUCAAUGUGUGAAGGAAUGGGAAGAACACUCAAAGGAAGAGAUCUUAGCAAAGUGAGGAAUGCCAUUUUGACCAAAACCGGCUUCAUUGAGUAA